GUGCUUUUGGGGACAGAAGUGCAUGAAACAUUUCACUGUGAAAUCUCGUGAAGUAGAAAAGUUCUUACAGUACUGAAGUAAAUGGACUAAGUUGAGCUUGUAAAAUAUGAUGCAAGCAUCAAUAAUGUUGCACUAACUAAUACAGUGGAUGUAUACAUGCACCAUAACACUCCAAAUGGGUUAUUUUGUUAAAAUGAACCUUAUGUUUGAUACUUAAACACUAUUUGCAGGAUUAACUUCUUAACUUAAAUAAAGGAUUCUAACUUUUCCUCUCAUUGCCUAAAGACACACCCUCACGAGCCCCCUUCAUGGACUAUCGAGGCAAAUAUGGUCAGGUGGAUUGAGCAGAGGAGAGAGAGAGCCCCCUCCUCUAAUCCACUUCUUACGCACAUUAACCUUGAUGCAUUAUGUGACUGCUUUGGACAGAAGAGGAGCAUCUGAAACCCUGAACGGGUGGAAAAAAAAGAAAAAGGGACGCAGAUCUGUUGUGAAUAUUUUGUGCCAUUAUGGCUUCCACCCCCUCUGCCUCGGCCUUGUCUGCUGUUCUCCGGUGUCGCGGGAAUAUCUGGGCCAGGAAUCCGCCGACCAAGCGGCCUCCUACCUCGGCGUACAGCCUCGGACUGGCCGGCGGCGUGGUGCGCGACUUUCCAGCUGAGCGCAGCCGCACAAACCAGGCGCUAUCGUGGGAAUCUUUUGUCCAAGGAGAGCGUGUUGAUGAGGGAAGAAGACUGACUGUCGCGUUUGAGUCUCCUCUGGUUAAUGCUAAAGUGCAGAAAGGAAAAAAAUCAAGGGACAUGAAUAAAUUAUAUCAUCCAAAACUUUCGCAAUCUUCAGAGCACGCGCGCUCAACUGUGCCUGGUGUCCAAAACGCGCUCGUGCGUCAGCUGGCACGCUUACCGACACCUAACCUGCCUGGGUUAGAUAAAUGCUCUAAAAGUAUUCGAAUGAUAAAAUAUGAAAGCAAUGCUGCACAUAUUUGUAAAAUAGUUUUUGUUCAAGAAACCAGUGAAUUCCCAGCUGGAGUUUUUAAAGUGUCCAUGGCAUCUCCGUGUUUGAUGGAAAAGACGGUUCAAAUACCAUCUUACGUGUUAUCUGGCUGGUCCACACUGAAGAGCACGUGCUUGUCUUUGACUGCUCUUGUGUCGCAGUUUAUGUUUUUGAAGCUGGUUUGUGGGUCAAGCAGCAGCCCUGGUGAUGCUCCUCAGCACCCCCAGAGCCAACAGGAGGGGAAAAACAGCAGAAACAAUACUCUGCAGGUAAAUGGAAAAACACCCACUCAGAACAACAGAGGCUCUGGACAGACGGACACAGAGGACAGACCUAACUGAGAGUCCAAGGCCUCAGCACAAAAAAAAAAAAAAACACACGCACUGUGUUCUUACCUUAUUUAUUGACUUUUACAGAACACAAGCAACAUUUGGACUUCAACCCCUGCAGUAAAAGAAAAACCAAAGUGGAAGAUUUAUGCACUUUUUUCCUUUAGUGAGGAGGAAAAGUGAGCAAGACUGUGACAAUAAAUACCUAUGCAAAAUAAGAAUAAAACACCUGCAUUGUU